AUGGCGCAGAAUGUCGGCUCCUACACCAACCCGCUGAAGAAGUUCAAACUAGUCUUCUUGGGUGAACAAUCAGUCGGCAAGACCUCCCUCAUCACCCGCUUCAUGUACGACUCCUUCGACUCCACCUACCAAGCCACCAUCGGCAUCGACUUCCUCUCCAAAACAAUGUACCUCGAAGACCGCACCGUCCGCCUCCAACUCUGGGACACCGCCGGCCAAGAACGCUUCCGCUCCUUGAUCCCCUCCUACAUCCGUGAUAGCAGCGUCGCAGUAGUAGUCUACGACAUCACGAGCCAGAAAUCUUUCGCGCAGACGCGGAAAUGGGUGGAAGAUGUCCGGGCCGAGAGGGGGAGUGAUGUGAUUAUUGUUCUGGUGGGGAAUAAGACGGAUCUCGGGGCGGAGAAGAGGGAGGUGACGGUCGCGCAGGGGGAGCAGGAGGCGAAAGAAAGGGGACUGAUGUUUGUGGAGACGAGUGCGAAGGUGGGGCAUAAUGUCAAGGGCUUGUUCAAGCGGAUUGCGCAGGCGUUGCCGGGGAUGGAGGGGGAAGGUGGGCAGGGGGGGCAGGGGGUGGCCAAUAGUGAGUACUCACUUCCACAAAGAGUGUGGGGAGGUGGUUUGCGGGUUCGGUAUCUCAAUGCUGACUGUGUUUGUGUGACAACAGCCAUCGAUGUCAAUGUCAACCCGCAGAAGCCGGAGAGUGAAGGCGGAUGCAACUGCUAA